ACUUUGUACCAAGAAUGAGGCACUGUAUCCCUUGUGGAUUGUAUGAAAAGAAGAGGGAGAACUGAGACUGGCUGCUUCCAUCAUAUUCCUCUGCGGCAGGCUGUGGCAUGGGGGCACAGAAGGUUGUGAGCUUGGUGGCCCAUUCUGAAAGAGAGAACAUCAAUGUGGCUUCCAAAGCUUUUAUAGUUGUACUUGGACUAUUCAUUCUUCUUAAUGCAGGUGGAACAAUAUUUAUCUUGCUGCAAUGGAGAGAUAUUGCCUCUAGACUUAAUGUUUUGGAAUCAUAUGGGAAACCACACAAAGAGAACUUGAUGGCAUCCCAUCUGACCCAGCUAAUCUCUGAAUUAAAAGAGCAAGACUCUGAAGAAGAUGCUGGUCAAGUAUCCAGGAACAAAAGGAGCCACCAUCACAAGCUAGAAGAUAACUACAUCAGAGCUGAAAAUGAAGACAUGCUUAUGAUGAUGACUUACUCCAUGGUCCCGGUACGUGUCAUGCUAGACUUAUGUAACAGCACAAAAGGAAUUUGUUUAACAGGGCCACCUGGACCCCCAGGUCCCCCAGGUAUUGAUGGAAUGGAUGGAUUGCCUGGCUACAAUGGUUCAGAUGGUUUACCUGGGCUACCAGGUAAAAAAGGAGAACCGGGGAAAAACGUGAGAAGAGGAAAAGCAGGAGAACCAGGAGCAAAAGGUGAACCAGGCCCAGUAGGACAGAAGGGAGAUCCUGGUGAGAUAGGACCCCCUGGAGAUGAUGGGGCACCUGGCAAGAUGGGUGAAAAAGGGGAGAAAGGAGACAAAGGUGAUACACCAAAUGAUGUUAUUGUCGAAGGUGCUAAGGGCGAUAUGGGACCUCCAGGCCCAGCAGGACCCCCUGGUCCACCAGGACCUGAAGGACCUCCAGGUCGGAAGAAGGAAAAGCCACAGAAGAAGACUGUACAAGAAUUUAAUACUAAUGAAUGUUCAGGUGAAAAGUGUACAGUGCCCAAUGAUGACACCAUGGUGGGAAAAAUAAGUGAGAAAAAUAAUGCCCAGCCUUUGAAGCUAGGAGACUGUACUAUAAAAACAAUAGACAGUCCAACUCAUAUUGCCAAAGUGAAAGAUACAUUUGGAGCAUGGAUGAUGGAAACUUCAAACAGGAGCGAUGACAGGAUUUGGAUUGCGGGUCAUUUUUCAGGACUCAUAGUAAAACAAUAUGAAAAUUUAACUGAGCUACUGAAUGACAACUACAAGCCUAUUAAACUGCGUUGGUUCUACCAUGGAUGCGGACAUCUAGUGUAUAAUAAAUCAAUGUAUUAUCACAAAGGUGGAUCGGAUAAAAUUAUAAGGUACGAUCUUGAAACAGAAUCAGUUCAAACUCUAAGCAUAAACAAUGCAGCUUAUCACAAUCGGAGCUACCUCUUCUCAAAUUCAAAGUCUUACUUUCACAUAGCGGCAGAUGAGAAAGACUUAUGGAUAAUCUACUCGUCCGAAACAGACAAAACCAUAAUGGUAGCUCACUUGGAUGAAAAAACAUUCACCAUCACCCAGCACAUAAAUACAACAUAUCCAAAAACAAAAGCUGGGAAUGCUUUUAUUGCAUGUGGGAUCCUUUACGUCACAGAUACAAAGGACCUGAGGGUGACAUUUGCGUUUGAUCUCCUAAAAGGGAAGCAGGUUGAAGUUAGUUUUGAUUUGAGGUCAUCAACAUCAGUUCUUUCAAUGCUUUCUUAUAACCCUAAGGACCGACAUUUGUAUGCAUGGGAAGAUGGAUAUUUACUUUUGUAUCCUGUACAUUUUUUCUCUAAAACAUAAUGUUAUGUAUAUUAACUUGGAAAAGACUGUCCCAAAUGCAGGCAUUCGUUAGUUAUUGGAGUUCUGUCUCAUUUAACUCCCCCUCCAGCUUCCUCUACCGAGAGCAAAUAGCAUGGUAUUCUUCCUGCGUAUGUACAGUAAAACUUUUGCUUCAGUGACUGGAAUGAGUAGUACUGAGCAUACGCAAGAUUUUAUAUAUCCAUGCUUCCCGGUUUUAUUAGAGACAGCCAGGAUAGGAGUUAAAUAAGAGUUUCAUUUUAUAACUGCAGUAACUAAAGAACGCAUACCCCAAUUUACAUGCAAUAAAAUGCAUUGGGG